UGAAAUUUUAGGAGGAAUUGAAACUUAUAAGAAGAAGAAGAAGAAACUAAUUUUCCUCUAGGGUUCGGCAGAAGAAUCAUACUUUUGGUCUACAAGUUGGAGAAUAUCGAGUGAUUAUCUUAUUCACUUAGAUUUGUCCAACGACAAAGAAAAAAAGAAGCAGCCUUUACUUGGAAAAUUAAAAAGAAAAAGAUGCCGGGGAAAGGAGUGAUCCCGUCACCGGCGCUGAGCCAAGUGAUGAAUAAUCACCGUCUAAGUCCUCUGCAUCAAUGGAGAUUCGGCGCUCUAACAUCCCUCGUUUUCUUCCUCAUGAUUCUCCUCUGGAGCAUCGACGGUUGUACUAUCAAAAGCUUCGUAGAGUCAUGGAGACUCAACGCUUACUCCAUGCGAGUCACUGCCUCUUCUUCUUCUUCAUUGAAACCGAAAACCCCUUCUCUGGAUCUGGAUACGACUCGAGUGAAGUUCGACUGGAUCUCCGUCGAGAUGGAGCAGAAUUUCACGGCGAAUCUCCUGAGAAAUUGGUUGGCUCCGGGAGGAGACAACUGCAGAGAAGCAAAGACCGUCGAGAUUUUCGUUCCGAGCAUCGACGGGAAGGAUUCCGUGGAAUUGACGGCUGGUAAGAUCCACGAAUUCAGUUUUCAAUCCGUAGACGAAUCUGGAAAACCGGUCUGCAUCGGUGGCGAUUACUUCGAGACUGAUCUUUCCGGCGAAAACUGGAAAUCGAGACCUCCGGUGAAGGAUUUAAACAACGGCACUUACUCUUUCUCACUUCAGAUUCAUCCCGAUUUCGCCGGAGAUUACAAUCUCACCGUCGUUUUGCUCUUCCGUCACUUCCAAGGCCUCAAACUCAGCCCCGCGCGCUUCGCCUUCGACAGAGAGCUACGCAGAUUCAAACUACGCUUCGUCAAGAAACCCGACGUCGUUUUGCCUGAGCUCCGGAAAUGCGACCGGUCCGAUUUCGUCAGAAACGUCUGGUCCGGCCGGUGGACCAGGCUCGUUAAGAACGACAAGUGCGUAAUCAGCUACGACGGGCGUUACCGUUGCCUAGCCGCUGAUUUCCCUUGCCGGAAACCAUGGUGCGACGGAGCAUUAGCUGGAUUAGAGAGCAACGGUUGGGUUUACUCGAGCCAUUGCUCAUUCAAGCUCUUCUCCGGCGAUUCGGCUUGGGAUUGCUUGAAGAACAAAUGGAUUUUCUUCUGGGGAGACUCGAAUCAUGUCGAUUCGAUCAGAAACUUGCUGAAUUUCGUCUUGGGUCAUCCGGAGAUCACCUCCGUCGCAAGGAGAUUCGAUCUGAAGUUCUCGAAUCCGAAAAACUCGUCGGAAAGCGUUAGGAUCACGAGUGUCUUCAACGGACAUUGGAACGAGACCCAAAACUAUCAAGGUCUUGACUCGCUUAAAGAUCACGGCUUUAGAGAGUUGCUUAGAAGCUACUUCGCCGAAGAAAACGGCGUUCCCGACGCGAUGGUUGUUAACUCGGGCCUCCACGACGGCGUUCACUGGUCUAACCUCAGAGCGUUUGCGAAAGGAGCGAAAACCGCGGCUGCGUUCUGGAGAAACGUUUUCGACUCGGUGAAAAGCCGGCGACUUCGACCGCCGGAGGUGGUUUUUAGGAACACGAUCGCGACGGGCGGUUACGCGAGGACGCUGGCGUUUAACCCGAGCAAGAUGGAAGUGUACAAUGGAGUGUUUUUGGAGAAGAUGAAGGAACUUGGGCUGGUCUCGGGUGUGAUUGAUAACUUUGAUAUGACGUAUCCGUGGCAUUAUGAUAACCGGUGUAACGACGGGGUUCAUUACGGAAGAGCUCCGGCGAAGAUGCGGUGGAGAGACGGCGAGAUUGGGCAUCAGUACUUUGUUGAUCUGAUGCUUGUUCAUGUGUUGUUAAAUGCAUUGUGUGUGAGAUAAAUAAGUAGAGAGAUUCUUUUAGUAUGAUUAGGUGUUAGGAGUUAGGAAUCACGAUUCUUUUAUUUAGGAUAAGUAGGAAGAGUCAUAAUCUUCUUCUUUACCCAAAACAGAGGAGUGAUUGGAGGAGAUACAUAUUACGAGCUAAAACAGAGGCGUGUGAAUGGAUUUCAUGCUGCCAAAACCUGGUGGUCGAAGAUCAAAUUGGUCACAGCCAAAAUUUGCUUUUGUUAAGUGUAAUGGCAAUCUUUCUAAAAUAACAUGGAUAAUAUGAGAUUUCAGUG